ACGCGCCCCCUGCUGUCGUGUUCAAAAGACUGACGCGUUUAGACAACGUAAUUUAGCGUCCUUGGUUGCUAAGAUCUACAUUGAAAUUCCUCGACGUGACACGUUGAUCAGAACACCUGAGAUUUACCAACGGUACUUUCCAUUCAGCAAAACAGGAACUGAUUGCUACAUGGCACAGUCGGUAGCCUCCAGUUCUUCAUCCAAAUCUUUCCAAGCCAGCGGUGGUGAAAGGGAUGACGAGGCUUACCUUGCCGGGUUAGCGGCCCAGAGAAACGCAAACGCCUUCUUUGAGAAAUAUGACAGAAGAGACCUACAGGAGUUGCUGAGCUUGACGUCUUGCAGCUGGCUACUGUGCUGUGAAGACAACAACCUGCCUGCUGAGCUUCCUACCGGAAUCAUAAAGCAAAUGAAAAACUUCAGCUUCCCCAAUGCAGUCAUUCUUGCACCUGUUGACCCUCGGGUGUCUUUGGACUAUAAAGACGUCCAUCAGAUUGUGAGGGAGCUUGUGAUUGGUAUCUACUGCUUCAACCAAAUCCCGUUUCUCAGCCUUGAACCCAACUAUGACCAAAGCACCUCAUGUCAGCUGACCCCUGCCUACUAUGACACAAAGGUGGGACAGAUUCUGAUCAGUGUUGAUUACAUGGUUAAAGCCCUUUGGCAUGGAGCUCUCAUUCCAAAGGAGAAAAGAGUCAGGUUUUCUGAACUGUGGCGAUCCAGCAUGGACGUUGAUGCCAGUGGAGUACCUCAUACAAAGAAAGAUAUCUAUGCAGAAUUUCUUACUGCAGGUUUAAUGGAUAUUUCAGAAGAUGCUUCCUAUCAAGGCAUAUAUAGUGAAGUGAUCAACGUGGACCCAACCUAUGAUCCCAAUAGUCCUGAAGAGGAGAAACUCUUUUCACAGCAUUCAGAAAGUAUCCUUCUAAAGCUCUCUCCCUAUCUCUGUUCUGUGAAACAGCAUGAGAAUCUGUUUGUGUUUGAAGGAACAUACAACCUGUCGAAUGUGGUGAGGCUUGCAGAGGAUAAAGUGGAUCUCUCCACCUAUCAAAGGCUCGAGCAGAGACUGAGGCUUCAUGAAAGACUCGUUGGAAAUUGCUUGGAAAGGAAAAUGGAGAUGCGUAAAAACAUGGCUUAUCUAAAGCUAAUUGCUUUCUUAGUGCCUUUUCUUAUUGGAUUGAAGAAAAAAAUGAAGAUCCCUGAUCUAGCUAAGUUUCUUCCUUCUUUUUCUGAUGAUAAACUGAAGACAGAAAGAGAAUUGCCUCCACUCCUGCUGGGUCCUGACUUUACCUGUAAGCACUUCAAGUACAAGCAGAACGAGUACUUUCACCUCCAUGGCAGUAUAGAGUUUGAUAUUGGAACCCCUGGUGUGGAGGACAUUCCUAGUGAGAUAAAGGAUGCAUUUGAAGAUCUACAGAGCUCUGCAUCUGAUCAUUUAAGUGGAUUGCUUGCUCACGGCGUGCCUUACAGAGAACAUUACCCCUUGCCCGUAAGGCAAUUUGAAGGAAGAAGCUAUUAUGUAAUUUCCAUUGAGAUUGGGAUGUUGUAUCAGCAGUUAGGCAGGAUUCAGUGGUGGGAGGCCAUGAAUGAUUCCAUCAAAGCUCUAAAGGCCAAAAGACUGCCAUUGAAUGACACCCAGCUGCAUGAACAAUUCAAGAAAACAUUUGGCUACAAAAAAGCCAUUAAAUGCAAGAGUUUACCGCUUGGCCUGAAAGCUGCUGCAGAGAGGGGUCUUGUUGCUGUGUUUCAAACCCUGUGCCGCCGCAACCCUGUGUCCCGACUGAGGUUCCUGGACGAGCAGGGCUACUCCCUUCUGCACCACGCCGCCCUGCACAACCAGGCGCCCAUCAUCUGCCAGCUGGCCAUGGCAGGACUCAGCCUCAACCAGAGGCGAAGUGAUCGGUUCAUUCGGGCAGUAAAAUCACUGACUAUUGGAGAACCCUUAAGGGAGAGAACAGGUCCCACUCCUCUGCAUUUGGCUGCACAAUGCGGUUCUCUGGAUGCACUAAACUGCCUACUGGCUCUUCAGGCAGAUUAUAAACUGGUGGACAGGAGGGGUUGGGCUGCAGUUCAUUUUGCGGCCUUCUAUGGCAAUGUUACUUGUGUCCAAGCUCUGUACAGAAAAGACCCUGCAGUUUUGGAGCUAGAGACCACCGCUGAGUAUCGUUGUACCCCUCUGCUGCUGGUGGCCACAUCAGGGUCAGUGGAAGCUCUGAACUAUCUCCUGUCCAUUGGGGCUAACUGGAAGAGGAAAGACAGCCAGGGAAAUAAUGUGGUCCAGCUGGCAGCAUUGUAUUUUCACACAGAAAGCCUUCGGCAUCUCAUUGAACUGAACUUAGAGGAGCUUCCAGUCUGGAAACUUCUUGUGGAGAUGCUGCAGAGUGAGGAAUACGCUAAGAAGGAGAUGGCUGCCAGGUGUCUGGAGGUCCUCUGUGUUGCCACAGACUCAUUCUGGAAGGACAUUAUGGAUGCAGGGGGCAUCCCCGCUCUGAUGGGCUUGCUGUGCAGUGGGCGGCAGACCCUCCAGUGUGUGGCGGCAGCUGUGGUGUGCAACAUGUCUGAGAGGGAGGCAGUGAGCAGAGGCCUGGUGGAGUGCGGGGCAGUGCCCGUGUUGGUGCAGCUCCUGCACAGUCCACUGCCAGAGCUCCAGUCUCGCUGUACCGUCAUCCUGGCGGACCUGGCCUUGUGCAGCAGCGAAUACCAGGCCCUCAUUGCACAGCUGGGUGGGAUUGUCCCCGUGGUGCAGCUUCUGGGAUCAGACCUCGAGGACGUGCUGAUCAGCGUGGUGAACUGUGUCCGAGCCCUGUGUCUCCACAGCACAGCUAAUCAGAGUGCAGUGGUAAAAGAGGGAGGGAUUCCACCACUUGUGGAGUUCUUGACUAUUAAAUCAGAUGUGCUGCAGGCUGCUUCUUCUGCCGCCCUGGCCGAGCUGGCCAGAGGCCACAGGCAGAACCAGGAUGCCAUCUGCGCGGCAGGAGCCAUCGGGCCUCUUGUCAACAUCAUCCGUGGACGGAAAAUGGCAGUGCAGGUGAAAGCAGCCGUGGCUUUGGAGGCUUUGGCUGACCACAAUGCUGCCAUCCAGGCUGAGUUUCUCAAGAAGUCAGUCUCGAAACACCUUCUACGCCUUUUAAAGGUUUUUCAGCUGGAGGUGAGGGAACAGGGAGCAGUGUCUAUAUGGGCUUUGGCAGGACAGACUCUAAAACAGCAGAAAAUGAUUGCAGAUCUGAUUGGAUAUCAUUUUAUUUUAGACCUCCUUUAUUCUUCAUCUGACAAAAUGCAGUUCGUUGGUUGCCAGGCAGUGAUUGCGUUGAGCCGGGACAGCAGAGCACACCAGAAUGGGAUCUGCGACGAGAAUGGAGUGUCUCCUCUGGUGCGGCUGUUGCGGAACCCCAGAACCACAGAAUGCACCCUCCUGAGUGUCAUUCAGGCCCUGGGCACCAUGUGCAUCGGAGUAGCACAUACAAACAACCCUUACAGUCAGAAGACAAUUGCAGAGGAGAAAGCCAUUCCCAUCCUGACUGAAUUAUUGAAACAACACAGAUCUCUUCAAGUCAAGGUCCGGGUGGCUCAGACUCUAGCCUGCGUGGUGCUGGGGAACACGGAACUACAGACAGCCCUCUGGAAUGAGGGAACAUUCACUUACAGCAUUGUCUUGGAGAUGCUUCACAGUCAAGAUCAAAAGAUCUGCCUUGAAGCUGGAUAUGCUUUAUCUCUCUUUGCAUUCAACAACACAGUACAGCAAUUCAUGAUUCUGCAAAAAGGAGGUAUUGAAAUGGCGAUUUAUGAACCCUUUUUGCAGUCUGAGGAUGAGUUUGAAAGAGCGAAGGCUGCAUUUCAGAUUGUUAUAUUGGCCAAAGUUAUUACAGGCAUAGACCAAGUUACUUUGUCUGCCAGAGGGAUCGCCCUACUUGUACAGGUGCUUCAGUCACAGAACUCCAGGGCAGUCAUUCUUACAGCACAGCUGCUCGCCAGCUUGGCUCACACUCGGGCGGGCAUUCCUGAUGCCAUAGUCACGAUGGGAGCUAUAAACCACUUAUGUGCCCACUUAUAUUCCAAUGAAGAAGAGGUUCGAAUAGGUUGUGCAAUUGCUCUAGGCUACCUCACGUUUAAUCGCCCUGCACACCGCAUCCUCCUGGUGGAAUGCCGCAACACACCAGGAUUAUAUGACCUCUUGAUCGAGCACCUCAGUAAAGAUGCCAAGAUAUCCCAAGUUUUUACAGCCGAAUUCGAAAGACAGAAAUUAGUUGGGCUUCCUUCGUUAAGUUUGGAAAUAAAUGGUGGUCCAGCUGUAUCACACCAUAAUAAUAAAGACAGACCAAAAACGAUGAGCACCAUUCGGAAUUACACAGAUGCUCAAAAUACCCAGUGUCUGCGGACAAGAUCGGCUCCAGUCUUGUUGGUUCAUAGACGCAGGACAGCAAACACCAAGCUGAGAACUGCAGAAGUGCCCCUGCAUAGGUCAUUUCAGACCCUGGAGAGGUAGCAGCUGAACAGAACCAGUGAAUCAGUGCAUCAGGAGCAAAAUGCCUGCAGACCGGAUUACGCACAAUCCCUGGACCUUCUAGCACUAAUGGGUUACAAUAUUAAAAACCAGGACAUGGACCACAUAUUUUUUAAGUA